AUGUGGCUAGUGGCCAGAGACCUUGCCGGAGAGGUUGCAUUGAAAACGCUGGAAGAUCAUGUGCCUGCUUUGCGAACUCCGGUAUCCACGCUAUCAAGCAACACAAGCAACCGAAAAUCUUCUGGCUCACGCACACCAGGCUCGCCAUUAAAAGUGAGUAGGUUUGAUCUGCCUGACAAUGCUCCGGAGAAUUUGGAGCUUCUACAUUAUGUCAGUGAAGGUUCUUUUGGGAGAGUCUACUGCUGCAAUUGGGGCGGCCAGCGCGUAGCUGCCAAGGUAAUGGCUUUGCAGACAGGGCAUCGAGUCGACCCGAUCAGAGAGGCUAAUCUUUGCAAGAAGCUCUCCCACGACAACCUCGUCCAGACAUUCCAUUUCUUUGAGCACUCGGCGGACCCCGCGGAUCCUGGCUGCGGCAUGCAAGUUUGGAUAAUCCAAGAAUGGUGCGACAAAGGCACGCUUGGUAGUUUCUGCACCAUCCCUCGUUGGGAUGCGAGGGGCCUGAGAUACGUCAGGUGCAUUAUGUCGGAUGUGGCGAAGGCCUGCUGCUAUCUUCACUCCAAUGGCGUCAUCCAUGGCGAUCUCACGUGCAACAAUGUUCUCCUGCAGACACGUGCGCUGGACCAAGCAGGAGAGAUAGAGUUUGUUUGCAAACUUUGUGACUUUGGUUUGGCACGGGUCUUGGAGCAGGGUGUCACCUCGCUGAUGACCGCACAGCUGGGGACCGUUUCGCACAUGCCGCCCGAACUCCUGGAAUAUGAGGCCGGGCACCUAAGCAUGAAAGCAGACGUCUAUGCCAUGGGCGUCCUGCUCUACCAGGCAGUCCUGGGAAAGGUGCCUUAUGCAGGAAUGCUGGCACCGCAAAUCAUUGCCUUCGUUGGAGCAGGGGGCUGCCUCGAAUUGCCACCAGAGCUACCUCAUGAGGUUCGCAGGAUCUUUGAACUCUGCACAGCAAGGUCGGCUGGUCAUCGUCCCUCUGCUCUUCAGCUUGUGGAGCAAUGCACUUCGAUCUCACCAUGA